AUGGCGGCGGCUGCGACGGCGGGGGGCGGGUUCGCCGGCGACGUCCCGAUCAUCCACGCGGAGAACCUCGUCAGCAACAUCAAAUCCAUAAACUACAGUCGGACAUUCUUGUCAAUCAUUAGUGGAGUUGUUGCUGGAAUCUGGGGAUUUACAGGCUUGAUGGGAUUUGUGUUCUACUUGCUUGUGAUGAUGGUUGCAUCUCUUGGGCUUUUGGUGAAGGCCAAAUUUUCGGUUCAUACCUACUUUGACAGUUGGAACAGGAUUGUAAUUGAGGGAGUUCUUGGAGGUCUUAUGUCCUUCGUGUUGUUUUGGUCGUAUCCUUGA